AUGAUCUGGAGAAAUAAUUGGAAGUCUACUGGAGGGAGACUAGAUGUAAAACGGCAAUCAGGUAAAUUACAACACAAAUGUGGCUCAGAUUAUUCAUCAGCAUGGUUACCUGGGAAUGAAUCACCAUGGCAGGCCACAACUGUUUCAUCUAACCAUCGAAAUAACCAUAUCAGGAGACAUAGUGUAGCUUCUGACAGUGGAGACACCGGCAUUGGAACUUCCUGUUCUGACAGUGUUGAAGAUCAUUCAACUUCAAGCGGCACAUUAUCUUUUAAGCCUAGUCGAUCAUUGGUUACUCUUCCUACUGCCCAUGUGAUGCCAUCUAACUCCAGUGCUUCAAUUUUCAAACAUAGGGAAUCAUUGGCAUCAGAUGGCUCAAAAUGGAGUACAAGCCUCAUGCAAACACUGGAAAACCACAGUAGCGGGGAGCAGGACUCUUCACUAGACAUGAAGGACUUCCAUCCUCUUCGGAAAUGGUCAUCUUUAUCCAAACUCACUGCCAUGGAUAACUGCUGCCAGGGUGGCACUGUACACACAGAAGAGUCGAGGAAUGGUUUGGAAAAGACAGGGAGGGGCAAGGCUUUAACAUCACAACUAAGGACAAGUGGGCCUGGCUGCAUACAUGAUAGCAUGGAGAUGCUUAAGCUGGGGGACAAGGAAGUAAAUAAAAAGCGGUCAUCAACUCUGGACUGCAAGUAUAAAUUUGAGAGCUGUAGCAAAGAGGACUUUAAAGCCUCUUCCUGUGCUCUUACGAGACAGACCUUAGACAUGACAUAUAGUGCCUUACCUGAAAGCAAGCCUAUUAUGAUGAGCUCAGAGGCAUAUGAAUCUCCAAAAUACUUAAUGCUUGGUCAACAGGCAGUAGGUGGAGUUCCCAUUCAGCCUUCUGUGAGGACUCAGAUGUGGCUUACAGAACAGUUGCGGACAAACCCUUUGGAAGGUAGAACUACAGAGGACUCUUACAGUUUAGCUCCUUGGCAACAGCAGCAAAUUGAAGAGUUUCAACAAAGAAGUGAAACACCAAUGCAGGUUUUGAAUGGAUCAUCUCGUCAAAGUUACUCACCUUCUGGCUUUCAGGAUUUCAGUAAGUGGGAAUCAGUGCUGAAAAUAAAGGAAGGACUUCUAAGGCAGAAAGAGAUUGUAAUUGAUCGACAGAAACAACAAAUUACCCACCUACAUGAGAGGAUAAGGAAUAACGAAUUACGAGCACAACAUGCCAUGUUAGGACAUUAUGUAAAUUGUGAGGAUUCUUAUAUGGCUAGUUUGCAGCCACAACAUGAAAACACUUCACUCCAGACUCCAUUUUCAGAGCAGCCAGUGUCCCAUUCCCAGCAAGACGAACUUGAGCACAAGCUUGCAUCUACUGAGAAAGAGGUUUUACAGCUCAAUGAGUUUCUCAAACAGAGAAUAAGCCAAUUUAGUGAAGAGAAGAAGAAACUGGAGGAAAAGCUUAAAACCAGAGACAGAUAUAUCAAUAGCCUGAAAAAGAAAUGCCAGAAAGAAUCUGAACAAAACAAAGAAAAACAGAGAAGAAUUGAGACCUUGGAAAAGUAUCUGGCUGAUCUUCCAACUCUAGAUGAUGUGCAGAGUCAGAGUCUACAGCUGCAAGUUCUAGAAGAAAAAAAUAAAAAUUUGCAAGAGACUUUGAUAGAUACAGAAAAAAAGCUUGAAGAGAUCAAAAAACAGUGUCAAGAUAAAGAGGCACAGUUAAUAUGCCAGAAAAAGAGAGAAAAGGAGUUAGUAACUACCGUUCAGAGUUUGCAACAAAAAGUAGAAAAAUGCCUUGAAGAUGGAAUUCGCCUUCCCAUGUUAGAUGCAAAACAGCUUCAGAAUGAAAAUGAUAAUCUCAGAGAACAAAAUGAGACUGCUAGUAAGAUAAUAAACAGCCAACAAGAUGAGAUUGACAGAAUGAUUUUAGAAAUUCAG